UAUGGAACAAAUUACAGAAGAACAAAAACAAGCAAUAUCUAAAAAGAACAUCUUCAUUUUUGAACUCUUAGGGACAUUCUUUUUAGUAUAUAUAAGUGUAUGCAGUCAGUAAUACAAUAAAAUACAAUUAGAAAUGAAGCAUAUUAAGUAGCAUUGGGAUUAUUUGGAUGUAUGCUUGUAUUUGGUAGAUUAAGUGGAGGUCAUUUCAAUCCAGCAAUAACAUUAGCUAUGGCUUUAGGUGGAGGUAUACCAUAUGGCACAAUGUUUUUCUACUUCUUACCUCAAUUUUUAGGAGCAUUUGGUGGAGCUGCAUUAUCAUUUUUAUUAUUGAAUAUGGACAAGGCUCCAUAUAUAGAAGAGUAAGAAAUUAAAAUAAAUUAGUGAACCUAUUAAAGAAUUAGCUGCCUCAUUAUUUGGAGAAAUGAUUGGAUCCACAAUCUUUUUGAUAUUUGCAUUAAUUUGCUUUGUUAAAGAGACUUCAUUAUCUUAAAAUAGAAUAGCUACAUUAGUCAUCCUAUCAUGUAUAUAUUAUGCUUGCAGAGAGUAAUAUUAUCAAAUAUAUUUUGAUAGAUAUACAAUUACAUCUAGUAAUAGUUUACUUAAUCCAGCUGCUGCUCUAAGUCUGACUGUCUUUGAUUGUUUAGCCAAGAAUUGGGAUUAGAUGAUUAAUAUGUGGAUUUAUGUGGGAGGACCAAUAGGAGCUGCAAUUUUGGCAACAAUGUUUUAUUCACAAUUAUACCACUCAAUUACACAUAGAAAAUGAA